AUGGAUUUCAUUGAGAAGCAUAUCAUCCAUCGGUUUGGAAUUCCGGAAAUCAUCGCCACAGAUAAAAGUCUUUCCUUUCUAGGAAGUAUGGUGCAAGAUCUAUUCGACAUAUAUAAUAACCAGUUCACAAGCUCUACUCCAUACUUUGCUCAAGUAAAUGGACAAGCAGAGGCAUCUAACAAGGUCAUCAUUGGCAUAAUUGAGAAGAUGAUUGAGAAGUAUCCACAGCAGUGGCAUAAUCUUUUGUCAAAAGAACUAUGGGCUUAUAGGAAUUCAAAAAGAACAAGUACUGGAGUUACUCCUUAUAUGUUAACGUAUGGACACGAUACAGUACUUCCAAUGGAAAUGACAGUGAAGUCAGCAAGAGUAGCUUUCCAAAAUGAGUUAACCCUAGCUGAAUAUACUCAAGCCAUGCUAACAGAGCUUGAAGACCUUAAUGAAGUUCGGUUAAGUGCUUUAGACCAUGUUAUUGCACAGAAGAAGAAGGUGAUGAGAGCUUACAACAAAAAGGUAAAGGCUAAGUCUUUACUAGAAGGAGACAUGGUUUGGAAAGUCAAAUUGCCACUCAGGACUAGAGAUAGAGAGUUUGGCAAGUGGACUCCAAAAUGGGAAGGACCUUUCUUAGUUGAAAGGAUUCUAGGAAAAUGA